ACUCUUAGGACAGUGCUUAAUAUGCGUAAAAAGGAACAGGCAGGCUAUAUAAAUAGUGUGAGCGACAUCCCAGAGCUGCAGAAAGCUUUUGUAAGAUCUAACCUUUCCAAUUAUACACCAGCUCCCUAGUGCGUUAAAAAAGAAGAGAAAAGACAACCAAUAUCAUCUUACUUUUUCUCAUUCAUUUUCUCAUUUUAAUUGAUUUCAAAAGCUUAAAAAAAGAAGAAAGAAAGUGUGAUACAUUUAAAAAGACUGUUUCUUCUUCUUCUUGUCCUUUGCUGUUGUUAACUGUUUGCUUGCCAUGGCAGAGCCAAGCAGGAUUUUCCCUCGCCCCCUGUUUCGACGGGACUGGAAUUGGGAUCCUUUUCUAUACUGGGCACAGCCGACCCGCAUUUUUGACCAAGAUUUCAGGAUGCCCCUUUCCCUGGAGGAGAAUGAUUUAAACUGGGUGGACUGGGCGAGGAGGCGUCUCUCUUCCUCCUGGCCAGGGUACCUCCAAUCCCCCAAUUGGACCCCUUCUCUGGGGAAGCAGCAGACAGUCUGCAGGCAGGGCCUCCAGCGACAGCUGAGCGGAGGAGUGUCCGAGGUGAGAGCUGGACCAGACAGCUGGAAGAUCAGCCUGGAUGUGAACCAUUUCACCCCUGAGGAAAUCACUAUCAAAGCCAAGGGGGGCUAUGUGGAGAUAUCAGGAAAACAUGAAGAAAGGCAGGAUGAACAUGGUUUCGUUUCAAGAUGCUUCACAAGGAAAUAUAAGCUUCCUAUUGGGGUGUCUCCCCAGGCCAUUGCCUCCUCACUCUCCCCCGGAGGGGUUCUCUCAGUGGAUGUCCCUCUCCCCAAGCCUGCUGCUGGGGUCCCGGUGGAGAUUAUCAUCCCUGUACAGGUGAGGAAGAAGAACCCUUUCAGAUUCUGCAGCAUGGGAUUGCUGCCUUCCUUCAAGAAAUAUUCAUUGGGGGUGGAGAACAAGGCAGAGGCUCUGAAAGAAGAAGAGGAGGACCCUGAGAAAGAGCAAGCUUAUCCAGCAGAGAGCGAAGAGAAGGGCCCUCCACAACAAGAAGUACCAGUGAGUGAGCCAGUGCCCAGUGACCAGCAAGACCAGCCAGCCCCCAGCGACCAGCCAGACCAGCCAGUCCACAGUGACCAGCAAGACCAGCCAGCCCCCAGUGACCAGCAAGACCAGCCAGCCCCCAGUGACCAGCAAGACCAACCAGCCCCCAGCGACCAGCCAGACCAGCCAGUCCACAGUGACCAGCAAGACCAGCCAGCCCCCAGUGACCAGCAAGACCAGCCAGCCCCCGGCGACCAGCCAGCCCCCAGUGACCAGCAAGACCAGCCAGCCUCCAGCGACCAGCCAGACCAGCCAGCCCCCAGCGACCAGCCAGACAAGCCAGCCCCCAUUGACCAGCAAGACCAGCCAGCCCCCAGCGACCAGCAAGACCAGGCAGCCCCCAGCGACCAUCCAGCCCCCAGCAACCAGCAAGACCAGCCAGCCCCCAUCGACCAGCAAGACCAGCCAGCCCCCAUCGACCAACAAGACCAGCCAGCCCCCAUCGACCAGCAAGACCAGCCAGCCCCCAGCAACCAGCCAGCCCCCAUCGACCAACAAGACCAGCCAGCCUCCAUCGACCAGCAAGACAAGCCAGCCCCCAGUGACCAGCAAGUCCCCAGCGAUCAGCAAGACAAGCAAGCCUCUAGCGACCAGUCAGACCAGCCAGCCCCCAGUGACCAUCCAGCCCCCAGCAACCAGCAAGACCAGCCAGCCCCCAUCGACCAGCAAGACCAGCCAGCCCCCAUCGACCAGCAAGACCAGCCAGCCCCCAGCGACCAGCCAGCCCCCAUCGACCAACAAGAGCAGCCAGCCCCCAUCGACCAGCAAGACAAGCCAGCCCCCAGUGACCAGCAAGUCCCCAGCGAUCAGCAAGACCAGCAAGCCUCUAGCGACCAGUCAGACCAGCCAGCCCCCAGUGACCAGCAAGCUCCCCAGGCAGCAGAGCAAGAGGUCCAAGAGAAACAGGACGCAGAACAGCCUGAGGAGGUCAAGAGCCAGGCUGGGCAGUUCUGAUUAGAUUUCACACAGCCCAGCUGAGAUCAGUGUAUGAUGCCCUGGGGUGUCUUUACACCGCGCUUGGUAACAUUUACACUGCUUUACUCCGAAUGUUGAAAAAUAUGCAACAUACUGCACUGGAGCCAAAGCUACAGUACUGAUAAAUUGUCCGCAAGUGGCAUUUGGAGUUCAUUUUUUUGUGUGCUUAGAUAGUCUAAAUCUCUGCAAUAUUACCAUUAAUAUUAUAAACCUGUAGCUAUGCGA